GAUCGAGAUCGCCGAAGGAAGAACGAUAAGCGUCCCCGUGGCCGCCGUCGCAGCUCACUUCCCCCAGCCCUGGCAGCUCGCUGGAUCGGAAGAAAGAUAGAGAAAGAGAUCGGUGGAUACCGGACAGGUGAAGAAAUAAAGCUGGCUCGAGAGGUCCAAGGCACCAGUGGAUCUCGGAGGUAGAUAGAGGGGUUGGCAAGGAUUCCUUUUGGCUCUCCAUUGAAUCGAAACUCUAUCUGCUCAAGAUCUUUGUCUUCCCUAAGGUAUUUUGCAAAUUAGCUACGUUGUAUUAUGAGAUCCGAGGCUUUGGUUAUCCAUUUCAGUUUGUGUCCUUGAUUGGGUUUUUGUUGAACUUGGACAUUCUGCUUGCAUUUCUUCUUUGCGUUUUCAGGAUGCAUAAGUUAACCUCCUCUGUUGAUUCCUUACACAUAUGCUCCGGUUUUGAAAUAGCUUUGAGUAAUCCUUGCUAUUGCCGCACUUGACAAUCUUGAUAAUUUGCUGUAUUUAAGAGUGGGUUUAGCUUGUUUUCUUCAAGGGAUGCUUCUGUCAAUGGUGGCUUUGUAGUAGGAAGGUGUCGAUUUUGCUUUAUGUUCGUCCAUUCUGAUUUAGAUAUGUGUUGUAAUCACUGUGUUCGGCACAGCUGGACUCGGUGCUAGUUAAAGGAUGUUUGAUUUGUAGUUUAGAUGCUUUUGCCGCUCAUUUGUAAACCUGAGCAAAGUUUGGGUGCUGCUUGCAUGAGAUCCGGCUUUAGUUAAGGAUUUUGGAGGUUGUUCGAGUGGAAACGGUGAAGUAGGUGAUUGUCAUGGUUUGCAUGUGGAUUGAUGGUUCAUUCGUGGUGAAGAUGAAGCCACAUUUUUUGUGUGUGCUGUAUAACAGAAUGCAGAACCUUUGCUGCUGCGAGUCUCUUGUUUCAAACUAUUUCCACUCUGGACCUUGACCUCAUUCAUUUUCUGUCUAAUGUUGAGGAUAAAAGAUCUUAGCCAUGUAUGUUAUCGGUUUCUGCUAAUGUUGGUGCUUUUGCGGGGUAUUUUUCUCCGAUACUGCUUAGUAUUAGCAUAGAUCAUCCAGUUGACGACCCUUCAUUUGGUUUAAGAUUUUUCAGCUUCCUUAUUUCUUAAAGUAUGAAGGUUUUUUUUAGGACUAUUGUGAUAAUAAAUGAGGUAUGAUGGAUCCUUUAGCUAUGUCUAAUUUUUGUGUGAGUAAAAUUGGUGAUAAUGUAUACUAGUUUCAAUUUCAUUAUCUUGUCUGAUCUUGGCAUUUUACAUCUUCAAAUGGAUAGUUUUAGCAGCUAAAAUUCUUUCCAGCAAGAUUGUUGAUGGCUCCAUGUGCUUCUAUUUUUUAUUUUUUUAUUCCAAUCAUAUGAUCAUCUCAAUGAUUUCCCAGCAAAGAAUUUAUCCUGAUUUUCUUUCUUCCAGAAUUCUGCCACUUCUCCUAUGGGCUUUUGCUUUUCAUGCUUCUGUACAUUGCUGCUGCAAAUGAAAUUAUUGGGUUGGAAGAAGUAUAAAAAUGGCUCAUAAAUUUGCCUGGCCAAUUUCUGUUAUUUCCUUACUUUAUUUGUCCUCCUUUGACAUAGCAAUAUUAGGUACAAUAAAGCCAACAUCGGUUGAUGCACUUUGCCCUUUGUUUGCCUUUUUCUCUUGUUUGUGGUCAACUUGAUUAUGCUAUGUUUAUUGCUACUGAUCAAAUAGAUACUUCGCAAGAUUUGGGAUCGGGUGUAUGAAUCUAGGUUGGUUAAUUCUCUAUCCAUUUUAUUUUGUGUUCUUGGUAGGUAAUCUAUUUCAACAAGUUACCAUGGAAGCCGACUCCCUGGAUUUGCAACCCGAACCCUUACCACCAUCCAGUGAUCCACUAUCCAACAAAUUUGCCUCCCUCAAUGACCUGGCUCAUGAGCUGGCAUCCCUCCAAGACCUUUCCAACCGUGGUUCUUGGCGGUCGAUUCUCGAUAAGGUUGCUCGAGCACGGUCUCUAUCCCUACUGACAACGCCUCAUGAUCACCUCACGUAUUUGGCUUAUAACGUCCUUGCUUUCACCAAGCUUCGACGUUUCAAGGAAGCUUUGACAGAACUUGAAACAGUUGAUGAUUUGGAUAGUCACCACUACCGGUAUGAAACUUACCCCAAAAUCUACCCAACCCGGUCAGGUUCCAUGGUUCCUUUCUCCCUCCGGUGGCUUCACGCAUUGGUUCCUAUAAAAUUGGGUGACCGGCAAGAGGGAUUGGACCGGCUAUACCUUCUGCUCGAUUUUGUUCGAGGGAAGAUGAAGGAAAAGGAGGAGGUAGCCGCUUCGCUUGAUGUGUGGAGAAAGAGAGAGGUCUUUGUUGUGAACAACAUUGUUACGGAGCACUUGAAAGGUAAAGAGCAUGGGGUGUGUUUGGAUUUGAUCAAGUGCCUGCUGGCUCGGGGGGAUUCGGACCCGCAUUUGUUGUCGAAGUUAGGGUACAUACAGAUGCAAAUCGGGGAUCUAGAGGGCGCAAAGGGCUCGUUUGAUGAAGUGGAGAAGCAGAAUUCGCUGAACGAGACUGAAUUGACAAAUAUGGUAAGCAGGAACAAGGCUUUGAUGUACUUGGUGGAGAAGGAUUAUGUCUCUGCUGUGAGGGAGUACGACGCCUGCAUCGAGCGGGAUGCCAUGGAUGCUGUGGCAAUCAACAACAAGGCAAUUUGCUUGAUGUACUUGAGGGACUUGUCAGAUUCGAUUAAGGUGCUGGAGACUUCACUCGAGAGGGUGCCCACGGUGGCACUGAACGAGACACUCGUUGUGAAUCUGUGCAGCAUGUACGAGUUGGCUUACGUUAAUCACUCCGACAUCAAGAGAACUCUGAGCAAUUGGAUUUCAAAGGUCGCCCCCGAUGAUUUCGAUUCCUCUUGUACUAGGAUUUGAGGUACUUCAGUUUCUCCACAGCUUGCGCCUGCCUUUUACGAUUGGUAUUAACUGUGUUCUUUUGAACUUGCGUGUGAGGCAGUACCGGUGGCAAAUUUUAUUUUCUUAAAUUUUAGACUUUAGAGCUCUCUCUCUGUCUUUCUCAUUGAUCGAAUAAAUUGAAUUCUGCAGCAGAUUUAUUUGUAAGCUCAUUGUUUGGGUGAAUCAGGUAAUGCUGCUACAUGGUGUAAAUUCUUCAAAGAUGGCUUACCAUUUUGAGGCAGAUGCCCAGAUUUGUAACCAAACCUCGCAGCAUAGAGCGCCACGCUGCCUAGUUUAAAUCAAUUCAUUCGAAUGUGCACCAAUGGAAAAAGUUGCACAAUCAGAUCGCUUCAAGUUUGUGGCGGCUACCUUGUUUUGCUUUUUCAGGAACUUGUUUAUGGCCAGAUUCUCAUAUGAGAGGAAAGCAACAAGGUGGUGAAGAAGCUAUCUGCAAAUAAAAUUGUUCUCGUAUGCCUACCUAUAAAGCCAGCAGUGAAAGUAGAACAAGUUAUUGUAUUUUUUGUUCCAAUUAUGUCCUCAUUCCUUUUUUAUAAACCCCAAACUAGCCUCUCUUUUUUAGUCCAAGUUUUUCGUCUCUUCUUUCCCAAUGAUUAGGGAUGACAAUGGGUUGAGUUGGGUUUUGCCAAAUCCAAACUCAUGGGUUUCUCUGUGAAAAAAUCCGAGGUAAAAUCCACUGGGUUUGAAAAACUCAAACCCAACCCGCUGGGUAUCCGCGGGUUCAUGGGUACCCAGGGGUUUUUGUCAUAAAAAAUUUACAAUAACAAGUUCCUAUCUAAAUUAAAGUCAAAUCUCAAACUCUCAAUACAAAUUAUCCAUAUAUGAAACACCAUUCUAGAAAAUUCAAGCAAAUCACAAUUAACUAUACAAAUUGUUCAACAUCAAUCUAGAAAACUCAAGAAAAUUGAAGCAAAUCACAAAUUAUCCAUAAAAACAUGAUUAAUUGAAAGGAAGAAGCUUUCAAUUAAGUUUCUUCACUCUCAACUCGAUAACAUCAACUUCAUUCUAAACAAUUAGAAAGAAAAAAUUAGACAUUUCUUCAAAAACAUAAAUAAGAUUAGUUUUUUAGAAUAUUAAAUAUAUCGAGAAAAUUAAUUAUAUGGGUGUGGGCGGGUACCCAUGGGGCGAGUUUACCUAAACCCAAACCCAACCCAACCUGGUGAAUAGUGAACGGGUUUAAACCCAAACCUGGCCCAAAACCCAUCAACACGAAUUUUACCCGCGUUGAUCGGGUUGGGUCGGGUGGGUACCCGUGAGUUCGUGUUUUGUUGCCAUCCCUACCAAUGAUCCCAAUAACCAUUAUUUGUUCCCCUUAGCUAUGUUUAACACUAACAAAAACUCACUAUGUCAUGACACGCUAUUCUAUUAAAAGACAUAUAAACUCCGUACAUAUUAGUACCAUAUACAUUUUUAAAAAAAGUAUUCUAUAACUAAUUUGGAUAUUUUAACACACUAUUAUGUUAAAACAUGGUAUAGAAAACAUAUUAUAUUAUAUAUAUUAAUACCAUAAAAUAUAUAUGUAGACCAAGCAUGUAUACUGUAUAGCAAGAGAUGGGGUUAAGAAGGAAAAAUUGAUAAAUAACAAAUACUAAGCAUAUCACAUUCGAACGGAUAUUUAAUACAAAUACCACAUAUCAAAUAAUAAAUAUAGUGAUAUGUA